AUGGACCCAGCGGGCGUAGCUACGUCGCUGCUGGUUUUGCUGGCAGCAGAUAACUCCUCGAUGCUCGACUGUGUCUGUAACCACGUCGCCAGCGUCACCGACGACAUGAGUUACGGCGAUGGACUGAUGUGGGAGACGUACUGCCAAGACCUCGGAAAUUACUAUCUGUUCGAAACGUGCGAGAACCUGGAGGCUCCGUCCCUCGCGGUGCCGGCCGCCACACGGCUGGUGCCGCGCAGAGGCCACGAGCCGCCGCCCGCGGAGGACGAGGAGUGCGGCAGCGCCCUCGCGGAGGUCCGCCACCUCACGGAGAACAGCUCCAGGGAGCUCACCAGGGGCCUCAUCCGCGGCGUCGCUGCCGACUGCAUUCGCUCUUGCUCCGUACAAGGGUUGGAUAACAUGGAAUGGAACCUGGAGACACUGCAAACGGAUCGGCUGAGGAGUGCGACCCUCACCAAGUUACUGCACGCUGUACAGCAGAUCACAAGAGCCAUAAACCACAGGAAUCGCCUUGUCUUGGAUUAUAAUUGGGAAUUUCUUCAUAAUGACCACAACAUCAGCAAAACUGAAUUCCAGGCCGAGAUACCGGUCUUCCUGGAGCACCUCUCUGACUACUGGCGGGACUCGGCGCAGCUGCUCUCACUGGGUGUGAAACAUUUCUCUCAGCUGCUCGUCCCCCUCGCUUUCGAGCAAAUGGGUAUCCACUCAAAUGAUCUGCAACGCCAUGAAUGGAUUAACAGCAUGAAACAUCUGAGAGACAUGCUGCACACGAAAUUAAGCGGCUGGGUUCAUGAUGUGCAAUCCGUCAGCGAGCAGAUGGCGUACUACAAAGUGGAAGAACACAAGAACAGGCCUGGGACUUAUAUACUUAGACGACCUCUGUUGAAUCAUGACCUACUGUCCUACCACGAGCGGUUCCUCUCCUUCAGGGACGACUUUACUGCGCUGUGCGUCGCUCGACAUCGACGGGCGUCACAAAUGUUUGGUCUCGCCGACGCACUGUAUUCCUUCUAUUAUUACAACUGGUUCUUCGACCUACAGUUUGUAGGUGACAUCGAGAGUUUAGAUGAGGAGUGGCACAGGGAGGACAGAAGCAACGCCAUGGUCUCCGUGGACACUGACUGCGUGCAGCUGUUGGCGAACGCCCUCGACCACCCCACGUGUCCGCUGGAAGACCUGCCACCGGAAACCAAAAACCUGCGCGAGCGGUGCCGCGUGCAGCUGUGGGACGACGUGGUGCAGAGGUCGCCCCACGUACCCGUCACCAGCUACCUGGCCUACACGCAGAGGAUAAACGUCAACCUCUGCCUGCUGGCCUGGAUGACAGCCAACUCGUUCGGCGUUUGUCAGGACGUCCCGUUUAGUAUGCUACAAUCCGUACAUGAUGCUCGCUGCUAUUUCGACAGCCCUGGCGAUCAGUCCUGCCUGCAGUCGAACGCUACAGACGCCAUCUGCUCUGUUUCCAGAGCAGUCCUGUUGCUGAUGUGUGGCGAUUUUUCUUUCCAUAAGUCUUUCGAUUUAUGCGGCGUCAGUUUCUACACAAACGGAUCGCACUUCACGACGUACAAUUUAACGUGGGAAAGAGAGUUCUACAAAGGGUAUGUGAGGCCAACAGAAAGGGCUCUUAAGUACAAAGACAGCUUGAACAGUGCCACCUUGAAAUACAAAGAUUUCAAAAUCGACAGCUUAAAACCUUUAGAAAUGUCAUUUAUAGCCUUAAAUAUUAUUUUCCGCUUUUUGACCACUGUUGUAUACAUGUACCUGCCCCAGUUACGUAAUGUCCCGGGAAAGAUAUUCUUGUCCAUUCAGAUCACGGGUAUAACGCAGAUCUUGUGUUCUGAGGUCAUUUAUCGUAUGACAGGUGUCCCCGACCUAUCUACGAUGGUCCACAUUGAUAGUGCCCUCACUCUUCUAAGAUGUAUCUGGCUAAACUUAUUCUGCUACCAAAUGUACGCGUGUGUCCGUCAUCUUAGGCUCCCUGACGACCUGCCACCUGCUGAAGCCAGAAGGGUAUUCCGUGGUCAAGCGCUGUACGCACUGAUACCGUGGAGUGUGGUAUGCAUAGCAACUAUUGCUUUCGAAAAGAUGAGCAAAUAUUACCUGAUGCACAGUCGGAUAAUAUUCCUUGCGGGGAUUUCUCUAUCGAUAACUUUCAAUUUGGUUUGUCUUGGGUCGGUGGGAUACAUGUACUUACAUGCUCGGAACUCCAUGCGGCAACUCAAAAUUUUUAGUAACGGUAAAUUUGCCUCUAAGAAACAAUAUGUUUUUAUGUCAGUUAAGGGUGUUAUUUUGAGCGGGAUAGGUAUAAUUAUUAGAAUUGGGUUCCACCAGGCACAAGGCAUAGCGCAGUUUGUGUACUACGUACACAUAGCCACGAUGGUGCAGGGACCACUGCAGUUCGUUUUCUUCAUUUGUAAUGGAACGACGCUGCCUCUGCUCAGGAACAGAGUGCUGUCGUGGUGGAAUCCGGAUAUCAUACGCCCAGGACAGGAGCUCUGUUCAACAGCUGAGAGAAAUCUGGAAAGGAGGAGAAAUGAACGGUCUCUCCUUGCGCAAUCCUCGUUGUAAGUUACAUGGAUAUUGUUUCCAAAGGGCUGUCUCGACUGUAGGCAGGACUAAAGCCAGUGACCAGUCAUAAUGAUUGAAUCCAGCUGACAACACAAAAUUAACUCCUACUGCUAACGCAAAACCAGUGUAUUUUUCUCACUUGUUCUAAAUUAUUCUACAUGUCUGUGUUUGUCUAGUUAAUUUAAUGAAUUGACAUUAAGUAACUACUAUUAAAAU